AUGGAGAUUGAUCCUUUUGUCUUAGCAGCCUUUGGGCCGCCCCCUGAUGGCAUAGACUUGUCGGCCAACAAUGAAGCCAAGAACACUGGUGUUGUUCUUUUGCUGUUGAUCGUCUCGGCUGCAUUUCUGGCGGGUAGAAUUACUCUACGGACGAAACAAACGUACGGACUGAGUGCGGAUGAUUAUGCUAUUAUAGUGUCGUUCUUGUUUGUGUUUUCCGUUGCUAUAAUGGUGGCUGUUGCUGGCCAUGAUGGUGUUGGGCAACAUGUGUGGGCUCUUAGGAUAAAUCAGCUCUCAGAAGUGGUCAAGCACCAGCUCUCAUACAUAUACAGCUUCCUCUUUGCCUCUGCCGUAUCUACAACUAAAAUCUCGAUACUUCUCUUUUACCGACGAAUAUUCACUCGAGGUGGCCUCGCGUUUCGAAUCGGCUUUUGGUUUGGGACGCUUCUUGUCAUGUCGUAUCCCAUCAUCUUUGUAUUCACCAUGUGCUUUUGCUGCAAGCCUGUUUCGCACUAUUGGACACAGUUCAUGGGGUCUCAGGGUUCAUGCAUCGACGUUGGUCAAUUCUUCGUUGCCCUGGCAAUAAUGAACCUUAUUACCAAUGUCAUCGUGCUUUUAAUCCCAGUGCCAGAAGUGAUCAAGCUUCAGAUGAGCAGAGAGAAGAAGGCAGCUGUUUUCGGCAUCCUGGCACUCGGAGGCUUAGUCUGUAUUGCUAGUGCCGUGAGAAUCCACUACCUCAGCGUCUUCGCUAGAGAAAUCGAUACAACAUGGCAUAUGGGCCCUGUGGCCAUCUGGUCCUCUUUCGAACCGUCAAUAGGCAUCGUGUCAGCGUGUCUACCCAGCUUCAAGUCACUAUUGCGGUACCUGCGAGGCAAGAACAAGAAAUCAAGCUUUAUAACACCACCAGACUGGACUGCGGGCAAUAAGCCCAGGUUUGAUGACGAAAUCGCAUUGAGGAGUCAGGUGGUAGGAGGUCAAGGGAGUUUACGCAGCGCACAGGGUAGUGACGCUGAUAAGCAUAUUUUUGUCAAGACAGAUGUCGAGCAAACCUUUCAUGAAGUGCCCUGA